ACACUACACAGAGAAUAGCAUACAAGCAAUACUAUACUCUUACACUAAAAGAACACAAAGCAAAGAGUUGAAAGAAAGUUGACAUUGAGAAGAUGAAGAAGUUAUCAAUGGUCUGCAUGUUAGUUGUGACAUUAGCAGUAGCAGCAAUGGCUACUAUAGAAGACGACGAAAAAGACUGCGCAGACCAACUCACAACUCUAGCAGCAUGCAUUCCAUAUGUGAGUGGCACAGCAAAGAAGCCUACUGCUGAAUGUUGUGAGGAUACUCAGAAAGUUAGAGCUGCUAAGCCUAAAUGCCUUUGUGUUCUUAUCAAAGAGAGCACUGAUCCCUCUUUAGGCCUCCCUAUCAAUACUACUUUGGCUCUUCAAAUGCCCUCUGCUUGUAAUAUUGAUGCCAAAGUCUCUGAUUGCCCAUCAAUACUGAAGCUCCCAGCAGAUUCACCAGAUGCAAAGAUCUUUAAAAUAGCUGAUGCAGAUUCCACUUCUACUUCAUCUGGAACCUCAACUCCAGCUUCCUCUUCUAGUUCAGCAGGUUCAGACGCCAAGAAUUCUAGUACUACAACUACAGGCACCAGUGGGGUUGCAGAGCAAAGCGUCAGCAUAAUGUUGACUAUGGCACUGACAUCAAUUGCACUGAUCUUCAUUUAGAAUUUGACCAUUGGCAAAAGGCUAACUUAUGGCGACUUACUGGAACGGAUCAUUAGCUCUAUAAUUAGUUUGGUUUCUUGUUUUGCAAUUUUACUUUGGCUACUGCUUAAUUUUUAUCGAAUUGAAGUAUUAUAAUAAAGUCGGUUUCAGGA